AUGGCAAGCUGUACGACUGUUGGUGUCACACCUGUCGCUGGCCCGACAUUUUCAUAUUGGCGCAAGGACGGAGGCCAUCUUGAAAACUUUCGCAGCACCUCAGACUUGCCACGUGUCCAGGAUAUCGUCAUUAUAGGUUCCGGGCUUACAGGCGCUGCCUGCGCAUAUUAUAUAAGCCAAACGGCCGGUAGCAGCAGCAUACCUACUACGACAGUCUUAGAGGCAAGAGAGGUAUGCUCGGGAGCAACGGGAAGGAACGGCGGUCACUUACGACCUGAAGCGCUCGCAAGCUUCUCCAAAUUCUCAGAAACUCUAGGUCUGGAUUCGGCUAAUGAGAUUGCACUAUUCGAGGUUGCGAAUGCCGAGGCUGUCAAAGAGCUUGUCCAAACAGAAGGAAUCGACUGUGAUUACACACAAGUCGAGUCUGCCAAUGUUUAUCUCGAUGGGAGCCUUGCAAGCGCGGCCAAAUCUCAGAUUGGUGAACUAGCCCGAUCGGGAUAUGACAUUGUUGGAAAGAUUCAGUUCCAUGAGAACCCUCAUGAAGCAGAGGAUGUUACGGGAGUCCUUGGCGCCAAGGCGGCAGCAACAUUCCCUGCCGCAAGCAUAUGGCCGUACAAGCUUGCCGUUCACCUCUUAAAAAUUGCCAUGUCAAAAGGAGUCCAGCUCCAAACCCACACGCCAGCCCAGUGCAUUUCGUCAACCCCAAACGACAACGGCUAUUGGGUUAUCUCGACACCGCGCGGAGAUAUGAUGGCCAAGACAGUUAUCUUUGCCACGAAUGGCUACACACCAAACCUUUUGCCCGAGUAUGCGGGGACAAUCAUUCCCGUCCGUGGAAUAUGCAGUCAUAUUCAAGCGGUCAAUACGAGCAACCCAGCUCCUGUCAUAUCAGAGACCAUAAAAACUAUGGGCAUUAAGCACAGCCCCGGCUGCCAGGACUAUCUGAUCACGAGGCCAGAUGGAAGCAUCGUGGUAGGCGGAGCAUGGAAGGCGGUUCGCCCUGGGCCACGCGACGAUUGGUACAAUGUCAUAGACGACUCUCAACUCAUUCCGGCUGCUGUUAAUUACUACGACGGCUUCAUGCAGCGAACAUUUGCUACUUGGGAGAAUGAACCUUCGGAGGUGGACUAUCUCUGGACUGGCAUCAUGGGGGUAUAG